CAAAUAGCUAAUUUCAGGCAGCUAGCUGUUCCCAAUAGCUGCACAUCCACAGCUGUCAAGCCAUAUAUUCAUUAACGACCCUUUGAAAAUGUAGCUCAUCGCUAUAUGUUUGUCUGCAACCAUCACUGCGAUUUAAAUCUGUGAGGCUUUGACACAUCACUUUCAUCAGAGUUGCCAAAUGCACCAGAAGACGAAAGGAAGAAAAAGUUGGACCAGGUCAAUCUCAAAAGACACAUAAUGCUGCCAAAAUAGUGAACCACUCUUCAGAUGAGGAGUCCUCAUAGACUUUAAUGUCUAUUGCCUUACCUGAAUGUAUCUCAUCACUUCCACUCUUUUGAUCUAGUGCCUUGCCCUGAAACAUUCAUUAAUAAUGCUGUUUUCUCUGCGAGAGCUGGUGCAUUGGUUGGGCUUCGCCACCUUCGAGCUGUUCCUCCACCUGGGCGCACUGCUGGUCUUCAGUGUGCUGGUGGCGCUGCAUGUCGACAAGACUCUUGAGAUGAGCUGGUGGCUUGUUUUCUCACCUUUAUUUGCAGCUGAUGGCCUCAGUACCUACUUCACGGCCAUUGUUUCCAUCCGCCUCUACCAAGAAGGAGAGAAGAGGCUGGCAGUGCUGCGUUUGCUGUGGGUGCUGACCGUGCUCAGCCUCAAGCUUGUGUGUGAGGUGCUGCUAUGUCAGAAAUUGGCGGAACAGGAGCAGGCGCAGGACCUUUGGUUCGGUCUCAUCGUCUCCCCGCUUUUCAUCCUCAUGCAGCUGCUCAUGAUUCGUGCUUGCCGUGUCAAUUAAAGGACAGAAGGUCUGCACACAUGCCAAUGGACUUCUUUGAAUCAAAUGGACUAAUGCAGGUGUCAUUCAAAUGAGGGAAUGAAUCAUUGUGAUGUCAGUUUUUUUUAUUAUGUAUUCAAAUGAAUCUCUGGCUCAAGCAUGUAAACAUGGCAUCAUGACAUCAUAUAGAGUGCUUAAUGUAAUGUGCAAUUUUUGAUUAUUAUUCUUGUUGUCCUUAAGUGCUAUGAGAGAUUGUAUACUGUCAAAGUUGCUUUAUCUGUCUUAUUAUCUUUUAUUGUUGUUUGUACAAUUGUAAAUAAACCAUAAACAU